GCCACGUCUAUGGUGAAUCGGUUGUAAUCCGUUUACCGGUUAGUUAUUAGUGUUAAUCAUCAGUGAGCUAGAAAAAAUUUUUACAACAAAAAUAUGAUUAGUCGUAGUCCAGUUACAUUACUAUGGAAUAUCGCAUUACUUUUUGGAUUAUAUGUCCAAUCUUUCGUUGUUGCCAACACUAUUGAUCCUGACUUGAAUUUUAAAAAUGUGGAAAAACAUAUCGAUUUGCAAUCUCAGUUAACAAAAAUUACAUCUAGGCUUGUUUUAGAAAACAUUGGUAAAGAUCGACACAUACGAAAUUUUCUUUUUUCACUGGAACCUGAACAAAAGAAUAAUCUUGGUUACAUAGCAGCUUACAGAGAACCUGUACGAGUUGAACUAAAAUUAACCGAAGUUAAGGUAAAUGAAUAUUCAGAUAAAACUUUCUACCGAAUUGAGUUAAAAGACCCACUAUCGCCUGGGAGAACUAUGUCAAUUGAAAUUGAAUGGAUAUUAACACAUGAGCUUACACCUCAUCCAAAAGAGAUUACACAAAAAGAAAAACAAUUAGUAAAAUAUAUAGGAAAUAUUUACCUUUAUGUACCAUAUACUAUAAUGAAACAAACAACUACAAUAUCUUUACCAUCACGUAAUAUUGAAAGUUAUACUAAAUUUAAACCUGUUUCACAGAGUGAUUCAGUAAUCACUUAUGGUCCAUACGAAAAAAUUUCACCAUUUUCUUAUGAGGAAUUAACCAUACAUUUUGAAAACAAUAAUAAAUUUCUUACUGUUACCAGACUUGAAAGAAGUAUUGAAAUAUCACAUUGGGGUAAUAUAGCAAUAGAAGAACAUAUUGAUUUAUUACAUACUGGAGCAUUAUUAAAAGGCUCAUUUUCUCGAUAUGAAUUUGCUAGAGAACCAAAAUCAGGGCAAGCUAGUAUUCAAAGUUUUGAUACCAUUUUACCUGCAGCUGCUGCUGAUAUUUAUUACAGAGAUGAAAUUGGUAAUAUUUCAACAUCACAUACUCGUAUUAAGAAAGAUUCAGUAGAAUUAAACCUUCGUCCAAGAUUUCCACUCUUUGGUGGUUGGAAAACUAAAUACAUAAUUGGAUAUAAUGUACCUAGUUAUGAAUAUUUAUUCCAUUCUGGAGAUUUGUAUACUUUAGAAAUGAGAUUACUGGAUCAUGUUUUUGAUGAUAUGGUUGUAGAUGAAUUAAUUGUAAAGAUUAUUUUGCCAGAAGGGUCUAAGAAUAUUGAACUGAACCUUCCAUAUCCUGCAACACGUUUGUCAGAUUCUCUUCAUUACACAUAUUUAGAUACUACUGGUCGUCCAGUAAUAUCUGUUACCAAAAACAAUUUAGUUGAAAAUCAUAUUCAGAAUUUUAAACUAAAAUAUACGUUUCCACGUAUAUUAAUGUUACAAGAGCCAUUGCUGGUAGCUGCAGCUUUGUAUUUACUAUUUUUAUUAGUAAUUACUUAUGUAAGACUUGAUUUUUCAAUUGAUAAAGAUGAGGUUUCAGAAAGUAAAUUAAGAAUUGCUGGACAAUGUGAGAAGAUCUUAGCUGCACAAGAUCGUAGAAUAACUUCUUAUAAUGAACUAGAUGAUCAAUUGGCAUAUCUGAAAGCAAAUAAAGAUGCCAAUGCAUUCUUAUCUGUGGUAAAAAGUAUUAAUCAAGAAUAUAAAAGUACAACAAGUUCUAUUGCUGAAAUUGCACAACGCUUAAAAGGAGAAUCAGGAGAUGUUUAUGAUCGUGUUCAAGAAUUACAGAAAUAUGACAGAACUUUGAAAGAAUUUUAUAAUCAGCAACAAGCAUUGUAUGUAGACAAAUUAGUACCAGGCAAAAUAGGACGUCAACAAUUUGUAGAGGCAGAAGCAGCUAUUACAAAGAAGAAAGAAGAAUAUGUUGAAAAAAUAAACUCUAUUAUAAAGUCUUUACAGUAA